AUGCAUUGUGUUCAGUGCAUGUUCCAGCUUUCUACCAGUAAAGCAAGCUCUGAGUUUGCAAGACAGAGACUAACUGUGGAGCUCCAAGACAGGAACGAGAAUGAAUAUGUCACCCCUCUCAGUAAGUACCCACCACUCUUCAAUGACAUCUCUUUUUGGCUGCCGGCCGAAGGUUACACAGAAAACGACUUCUACGACCUGGUGCGCAGCAUCGGCGGAGACCUGGUGGAGAAGGUCACGCUGGUGGACGAGUUCACACAGCCAAAGACAAAGAGAGUGAGCCACUGUUACCGUGUCGCGUACCGUCACAUGGAGAGGACUCUGACCCAGGAAGAAGUGCGUAUCAUCCACGGAGCCAUUGAGCAGGCAGCAGAAAAAGAGCUUGGAGCGCAGGGAAGAUACUGAGCUUUCCCAACAAGCAUCACGACGGUCUUCCACCUUCCAAAAUGAAAAUUCAGUCAUCAUUUACUCACAUUCUUGUCAUUCCAAACCAUAAAUCUGAAGAUAUUUUUUUAAUAAAGUUGGUAACCAAUCAGUUUUGGUGAUCAUUGAUUUCCAUUGCAUUGACUAUUGACUUCCACUGUGUUCCAUACUGGUUUAAAACAAAGGUAAAUGAUGACAGAAUUUUCUUUUUUUGACAAACCAUCCCUUUAAAACUCAAUUUUUGCUCUCUGGAUGACUAUAUUUUUUAUGCUUUUACAGAGGUUUUAUGAUACAUUUUUGGAGCUUGACAGACGUGGACACUAUAAACUGAAACUGCAAUAAAACAACACAUGUUUGAAAUGAGAGUGGAUGAAUAAUGACAGAAUUACAGUUUAGGAGGAAUCGUGCCUUAAACAUUUGCAAGAUUUGUCCUUGAAAUAACCUUUGGGUCAUAAUAACCUCUCUAAGCCUGAUUGAUUCUUCCAACUUCCCAGGCUGGCACGAACUUCAUCAUGGUACAAAACAGCCGGAUUUAACACAAAUAUCAAACAGGCCUUUUAUGCACCUGGAUCCGUGCCAGCCUGGUGAUAAUCAGGAAACUAGAGCUCUUAUUUCUACAUUUCUGUUUUCUUAAGGAAGAUAUGAGGUAGCCUGUGAUGAGCUGCUGCCCGGAAAUUACCAAGAUAAUGAAACGCUUCCUCAA